CAUAAUAUUGGAUGAUCGAAUGGCCACAGUGCUGAUUUCGUCGCUAAUUGUGACAAUGAUCAACGUAAUGAUCAUCACUGCUGAAGCUGCCCUCGAUCCACUGUGCGGUGCCUCCAACGAAUGGUUUUGUAGUCCGACCGACUUCGAUCACUCAGACGCACAAGAGCAAGUAUUUCCGUCCCUCACACUCAGAGCAGAGUGCGAUCCGGCAUACUACAACCAUGGUGCUCAAACCGCCUACGCACAUUCUUCUUGUGCUCAUGGUCCUACCUGCGCUGAUUGCUUGUACAGAGCGACUCAAAUAAUGCGCGAGUAUUGCCCGGGCAAAGAUGGAGCUCAGUACGGGAACGAAGAGUGUUGUGCUAGAUAUGAGAAGAACAACUUUUGUGGAGCAUCGGAGUAAAUUGUUACCCGCUGGCCAGAGUCUGUGUUAAUGAAUGCUCCUCUUCGAUUGAUGACUUGCUUAAUUGUUCCAAGGAAGCUAAUUAACAUUCGCUAAAUGCUGCGAUCUUGGAAGGGUGUACUUUUUCCCCUUUUCUUUUUUGGUUCUUUCGGUCUGUAUCAUGUCUUUUUCUCCGUAUUUUAGAAAUAGGUGUCCUUUGCUCCUUGGAGCUUCUUCAUAGCUUCCCAUGUAGUGGGAUAUUAUGCUCUUUCAUGGUUGUUCUGACUGCAUACAAACUACCGAUUUAUUUAUACGGAAGAGUUGUUUUAAUAUUUUUUAUAAUAAGUGGUUUCCGAUGGAAACGGUGUAUUAGUAUGUGGCAAAAGAUGGCACGAAUUAGCAAAGCUGAUCAAUGGAUGCUUCCCCGAUAGUGUAAUCAUCUUCUCUGUUGAAGCUGUCCUCAAUCCACUGUGCAGUGCCGCCAACCAAUGGUUUUGUAGUCAACCCGACUUUGUUAUCCCAGACGCGCAGGAUCAAGUAUUACCGUACCUCAGAUUCAGAGCAAAGUCUGAUCCGGCCUACGGAGUACAACCAGAGAGUCAAUCUUGUAACUGAGUCGUUAUCCCAUAUCUUUGGGUAGGGUUGGCUAUUUGGUCCGGGUUUUUUUUACCCGAAACCGGAUCGUAUAACCCGGAUCGAGACGAGACCGGUCCGGGACUGUAUAAUAAACAAUCCAAUCCAAUUUUUGGACUUAGAUUUGAGCUAAAAAACUGUUAGGGACCGGAUCGAAAACUGGAUAAAGACCAGAUAAGAGAGCUCAACACCCAAAACUUAAAGGUAAUUUGCAUAAACGGUCACAAAACUUUGCACUGGGUACAAAACUUAACCAACUCUUCACCCUUUCGGGCCUUAGGCCACUAAAAUCCCCACAAGCUCAAUAUAAAAUCAAGAUCAAAUUGGGACCGGACCGGGUCAAGACCGGACUGUAUCCAAUCCAAUCUUUGGUCCUUAUAUUUUCAAAAAAGACCGAACUGGACCGGAUCAAUUUGUGUCAAUUUAACCGGACUGGACCGUAUAGUCAUCCCUAUCUUUGGGCUUGCCUUGGUUUGGAGCAAAAAUAAAAUGAAGGGGAAAUAGAUACAUCAUAAAUAAAAGGGAUUAGACUAUUUAUUACCCAAACAUUUUUUAGAUUCUUUUUUAUUAGCAAAACCUAUUGAAUCACUAAUAAUUAGCCAAAUGCUAACAUCCAGUUAUCAAGUUUGUUAAUAAUAUUGACUUGACAACAUGAUACUGACUUGGAAUAGACACCUGAAGAUCACAUCCCAAAAUUUUAAUAUUUUAACUAAGAAAGGAGCUACAAAAUUAUUAACGAUAACGUAAAAAUGGCUAAUACUUUGAUGUGUUACAAAACGUUUGGCUAAUUCUUAGUAUUUCAAUAGAUUUGGUUAAAAUCAAAGAAUCCUAAAAAUGUUUGGAUAUUAUUACCCUAAAUAAAAUUAUGAGUUAUUAAUAAAGAUGAGUUGUUUUAACGACGAGUUUCCUUAACAGUUGCCUACAUACAUUCUUUUUGUGCUGAUGACUAUGAUCCCAACUGUGUUCAUUGCAUAACAAGAGCGUCUUCACUGAUGCGAUAUGGAGCUCAAUUCGGGAGUGUUGUACUAGAUAUAAAAUCGACAACAUUUUGCGGAGCUAAUUAAUUAAGAACUGAAAUCCUA